AUGAAUCAACCACUUACCAUCGAGUGCGAUGCUAGUAGUAUAGGAUUGGGAGUUGCCGUGUUCCAGAACAACGGAGUUAUCGGAUACGCAUCAAGAACACUGACAGCCACCGAGAAAAAUUAUGCACAGAUAGAGAAGGAACUCCUCGCUAUUCUUUUUGCUUGUGUUAGAUUUGAUCAGUUGGUGGUCGGGAAUCCAAGAACAACUAUCCGAACAGAUCACAAACCUCUCCUAAACGUGUUUCAAAAGCCACUUUUGUCGGCACCUCGGCGUCUACAGCAUAUGCUACUUAAUCUACAACGGUACAACUUAUCCCUUGAAUAUGUAACUGGGAAAGAAAAUGUGAUCGCUGAUGCACUCUCACGUGCACCAAUACGAGAUAUCCAGCCUAACGAUAACUAUACGAAACAGAGUAUUUUCAAGGUGUUCAAUGAAAUCCAAAAUGUAAAACUGAGUAAUUUCCUUAAGGUAUCAAGUGCGAGACUAGACGAAAUCAUUCGCGAAACUGAGAAGGACGAAUCGAUUCAACUUAUCAUCCAAUACAUACAGCACGGUUGGCCGAGAAGUGCUGACUGCGUUCCAGAUGGUGCAAAAAUCUAUUUCGGUUACAGAAAUGAACUAUCAACCCAGGAUGGCUUGGUAUUUCGCAACGACCGUAUCUUGAUUCCAUAUGUUUUGAGAAAGAAAUUAAUAGAAAGCUGUCAUGCCAGCCAUAAUGGGAUCUUGGCUACGUUGAGAUUGGCCCGAGCGAACAUCUUUUGGCCGGGAAUGUCCGCUCAUAUACAGGAAGUCGUUAAAAACUGUGUCAUCUGUGCAAAGUUUGCCCCGUCUCAACAGAAUCCUCCCAUGCAGAGCCACCAAAUACCUGUCCAUCCUUUCCAGUUGGUCUCCAUGGAUGUUUUCUUCUGUGAGCUUCAAGGUGCAAAGCGAAAGUUUCUGAUAACGGUGGAUCAUUAUUCGGACUACUUUGAAGUAAACCAAUUAAAGGAUUUGAGUCCAGAGUCUGUCAUCAUCGAGUGCAAGCAGAAUUUCGCAAGAUUUGGAGUACCUCAACGAGUUGUCACUGACAAUGGAACCAACUUUGUGAAUAAGAAAAUGACCAAGUUCGCUUCUGAUUGGGAUUUUGAGUUGGUUACAUCUGCUCCACACCAUCAACAGGCCAACGGGAAAGCAGAGUCUGCGGUGAAAAUAGCUAAGUAUUUAAUGAAAAAGGCCGAUGAAAGCGGUUCUGAUUUUUGGUAUACGCUACUCCAUUGGCGUAACAUACCAAAUAAUAUUGGAUCCAGUCCGGCAGCACGACUUUUGUCGCGUACAACACGAUGCGGUGUGCCAACCGCUGCAACGAAACUGCUUCCAAAGGUAGAGGAGGAUAUUCCCGCUAAAAUUGAAGCAAACCGUAAGCGAACCAAACUGCAUUAUGACAAGAAAUCACGCAACUUACCAGAGCUUCAAAUUGGAUCACCAGUCUACGUACAACUCAAUCCAGAAGCCUCAAAAGUUUGGACGAAAGGAACUAUAUCGAGCCAACUCAACGAUCGUUCGUACCUGGUACACGCUAAUGGAUCAGACUAUCGUCGUUCACUGGUUCAUCUGAAGCCGCGCAAGGAAACCGUUACGUUGCCAUGUCGCUAUUUGCCAUAUAAUCCUGACCGUUCGACGACACAACAUUAUCCUCUCCAACCGAUGGUACAAUCUGCAAAUCAGGAAUCUCAUGCUGGUUCAUUGAAUCAAACUGAAGUUGAAAUUAUAAAUGAGCCAACUGAACAUCUUACCGGAACAACUGCUCUACUGUCAUCUUCAAACCAACCGUAUUCUGAACCAGGAGAAACAACAACAAAAGCCACAGCUACGUCUCCUGGGUCGAACCAUAAGGGUACUCGACCAAUUACACCGUCGCAGAAUAACCGUCAACCAAUUACACCGUCGCAGAAUAACCGUCCAAAAAGAGAAAUUCGUAUACCAGAAAAGUUUAAAGAUUUUCGCUUGCAGUUCUGA